CAUAUUAAUAGUGCCAUGAUGGCUCGAUAUCUUCUUGUGGGAUAUUCCACCCUCCCUCAACAUCGAGCUCUUUCCCGAGACAUCCUUCACAAGGCACUCUUUACGAUUCGCUGUCUUAUCCGAAAACCAAUCUGAUUGACACUUGCCAACAUCAUCAUGCGGUCUCUCUCUAGUUUCGCUGUCGCUGCAUUCCUUGCGGCGGCAAUACCCUACACUGCAGCUUCUGGAGAUAGCGACAACAUGGGCUUUCGCUAUGAAGACUGCAGCCCAAGUCAAGAUGGUAGCUGUUCCGGUUGCGGCGCUGAUUAUGUGCCCUGCGGUAGCGACACAUGCUAUAAUCCGAAGGCUGGCGAGACUUGCUGCUCAAGUGACUAUGCCUGUCCCUCCGGCUUCAAUUGCUCUACAACUGGUUCCAAAUGCAUUUCUGCAGAUGGGAAGCGACAUGCUUCUUUCAAUUGCAGAUUUGGCGAAAAUGACGAUGACAACGACGACAACUAUAACACAACCUCGUCCAUACUGUCCACUACCACCACCAUCACAUCUACAACGACGAAUACCGUUACUGUCAGUGCUUCCACGACCUCUUGCGCCCUAAAUGGAUCAACUACUGGACUUCCUCUUACAAGCUCUGUGGCCUCGUAUGGCAAUACCACCACUAUUGCGCUGAACACCACUACAUCAACCUUGUCUGUUGUCAAUGCAACUGGUGCCUCACCGACUUCCAACGUCACUUUCAACGCCACCAAAGCUCCUUCACCAACAAUUAGUCCCCCCAUCAAUGGGUAUAAGGGAGAUGCAUCUGGUCUGCAAGGUCAAUCUUGCGCAUCGUUGUUCGCUCUUGGCAGCCUGAUCUUCAUGUCUGCAUUGCUAUUGUAG